GCGCAUUGUGUUCACUCAUAUAUCUGUAGGCACUAGUAAGUCGUACAUGGCUGCGUUUCCAGGCUUCCGUGAGGUUUGCGUAUGUAUCAGCAAUGAUUGAAUACCUCCUGGCUCAGCUUUCACCCAUUUCCAUCGUUGCGCUUAGUGUCGUUGCGCUGAUCGCUCGGCUAUUGUAUAACAGAUACGGGACCGGGCUGAACCACGUACCGGGGCCAUUACUUGCAACCCUCACAGACUUCUAUCGUCUUACUGUGGUAAGGGGCUACCGACCGGAGCGUUGGCACAUCAAGUUGCAUGAGCAAUAUGGCGAUUAUGUGCGGAUCGGACCUCGAACGAUACUUUGCUCGAGCAACAAGGCGGCGAAGAAGAUCUACGCGCUCAAUGCUGGGUUUGUGAAGUCCGACUUCUAUACUGUGCAGCAGACGUUGGCGAAGGGAGUUCCCCUGAAAACCUUGUUCACUUCGACUGACGAGGCGUUCCACUCGAAGCUGCGACGCUCUGUUAGCAACGCCUAUGCAAUGACAUCCUUGGUCCAGUUCGAACCUUUGGUCGACUCCACAACGGCUGAGUUCCUGAAACAGCUGAAGCAGCGGUACGCCGACAAAGACGAUGAGUCUGGGACUGUCGAUCUGGGCGCAUGGCUUCAGUACUACGCAUUUGAUGUCAUCUGCGAGUUGACUUACUCCAAGCGAAUGGGCUUCUUAGAUCGGGGGCAAGAUGUCGAAAACAUCAUAUCGAGUCUCGAGUGGCUCUUGAGUUAUGCUGCAGUGAUUGGCCAGGUCCCGAUCCUUGAUCGACUGUUUCUGAAGAAUCCCGUUCGUCGAUGGCUGAGUGCUCGAGGCUUCAUACCAAGUACACCAGUCGCUGUUUUCGCUAGCAGACGAAUCGAGGAAAGUAAAGUGAAAGGAUCUGAAAAGGAAGUAGUCGUCGGGACGCAGUCACGUCGCGACUUUCUCUCCAGAUUCCGGGAAGCGCACCGGAAAGAUCCAGAGUUCAUGAGCGAAGAGCGUGUACUUGCGCUCACUGUAGCGAACAUGUUUGCUGGCUCUGACACGACCGCCAUCUCGCUCCGAGCGAUCUUCUAUAACCUGAUUCGAAACCCAGAUAAGCUUGCUAAGCUGUGCGCAGAAUUUGAAGAGCUUGAAGCAACCGGAACAUUCGAGCGCGGGAACCCACUAGUGGCGUGGAGCGAUGUGCGAGAGCUGCCGUAUCUAGGCGCUGUCAUCAAUGAAUCGCUGAGAACACACCCUGCUGCAGGUCUGCCCUUGGAAAGGCUAGUGCCUGCCGGAGGUGUUCAACUUAGCGAUGUCUUCGUGCCAGGUGGUACCAACAUCGGCUGCAGCGCAUGGACUUUGCACCUCGACAAGGACCUCUGGGGUCAAGAUGCGGACAAGUGGAGACCGGAGAGAUGGCUCGAAGCCAGUGAGGCAAAGAAGGCCGAGAUGAAGAACAGCAUGUUCGCCUUUGGAGCCGGUUCGCGCACAUGUAUUGGAAAGAAUGUCAGCUAUCUGGAGAUGUACAAGCUGGUUCCUGCGGUGUUGCGCAGCUUUGAUAUCAAAUUAGCGUUCCCAGACAAGGAAUGGACGCUUCAUAACGCCUGGUUUGUCAAGCAAAGCGAUUUCUACGUAAAGCUUCGUUCGAAAGGUCGAUUAUAAGUGGUGCGGGUGAGGAGGAGAUUGGUAUAGAGAGGGCACGCGACGCGUCAACUGCAAGGGACCCACUUCGUCCAUUCCCCUGACCGUGCAGCGCUGGGAACAGGAGCCAUGCGCUCAAUUGCAGCCCAGUGUCCUUCAAACCACCUCCAUAUGUGUAUUCGGUAGCACCUCUAAGAUUGCAGCAGUAAUUCAAUUAAACUUGCGAUUGCGUACAUGAC